AUGAAAACAGUAAUCUUGCUGGCGUUAGUCGCACUAAGUGCGUAUUCUGUGGACGGGUCCCACCUCGUUGUCGGAAAUGUAGCAGAUCGGGUUGUGCUUGCUCACCAUGCGAAGGUGGAAUACAACGCAAUUCCGUUCUUUAAGAGGGUGAAGUCGUUCUUCUAUUCGUCGCCUACGAACAGACCGAUACGGGGUAUUCAAGCAUUGGACACGGAACACACUAAAGCUUCGAUAAACAUCACAGCCGGGGGCAUCGGAUAUCCCUUCGUCAACUUACGAAUGAAAAGCGAAAGAGGCCACGGACUUAGCUACGAUAUUGGGAUAUAUAUCAGCCCCGACUUUAUCUAA